AUGUCUCUUGCUCAGCCUCCUCUCUCCAAAAAUGCCGACACUCGUAGCUCCAGGAAAAACGGAAAUUCAUUACGUAGAGGAAAGGCAUGCAUUAACUGUCGACACUUGAAGAUCAAAUGUGAUGGUAUCAAGCCAAGUUGUGGUCCGUGCAGUGAAAGUGCCAAAGACGCCAAUUGUCAAUAUACAGAUCUACCAUCUAGAGCGAGUCGCCUUCAAAGCGAUAUUGAAGAGCUUUUAGCGCGGAUAGAAGUAUUGGAGACUUCAAAUGGCUCCUCUAGGAAGAACGUGCCAACUCAGAGCUCUUCUGCGACUUCCCCUUCUUUAUCAUUGUCACUCAGUCUCGACUCCCCUCAAUCCCCUCAUUCUAGCAACCUGACACAAUCUGUCUUCUCAUUGGAUGUUGACUACUCCUCGUCAGAUUCUGCACGUCGACCCUUCAUUGAACCCCCGGUCCAUGAGCGUGCAAAUUUGAUCGACAAUUUCAUCAGUCGAUGUGCCACACUCGCAUUCUUCCUCAAUCUUGAAACGUUCCGCAGUUCAGCCCUCCUUCCGCUUCCGCUAGGUGAUCCUCAAAGGCCGUCGCCUGCUUUGUUGGCUUGCGUUUAUUUAUGGGGUCUUCGUAUCUCCUCGUCGCCUUGGAAAUCGGCCAAAGGGACCGCAUUUCUGCGACGAGCUCGUCGAUUCAUAGCUCUAGAAGGAGUUGGAGCCCAGAACCGAACACAGGUCAUGCACCUUAUCCAAGCCAAAAUCCUUUUAAUUAUUUAUCUAGUGCAUGGGGGCCAGUUCCUCGAGGCAGAGUUCCAUGGUAACGGCGCGAUUUCUCUGGUGCUUUCGUAUGGCCUUCAUAAAAUUAUUCCUACGUCGGAUGGAGUGUAUGAUGAUCCUGAGGGACGAUUACCACCCUGUACAGGCCCCGUGGAUCAAGCAGAACGCAUUAACGCGUUUUGGUCGGUGUUCUAUAUACAGCGCUUGCUUGCUGUCAUAGUUGGUUCUCCUAGCAAUUCCUUUGGAUCUCUGGAUUCCUAUCUGGAAAUUCGGACUCCAUUGCCAAUGAAUACUCAGAACUACGGUCCUGAAGACACUGCAAGAACCUUGUAUGAUUUUUUGCAUGACACUGCCCCACAACGACCCGAGACAUCCUCUCUUGGGAUAUACAGCAAAUCAGCUAUAUUAUUGCAUCGUGCUGUCUACUUACACAAACAAAUAGACACUGGUUCGUCCCUCAUUCGUGGGUUUACGCUUGAAUUCCUAAUGAGCCAUAUACCAGGGGAUCGUCACAAGAUUUCUGAAGAGUGUUCGCGGCUUGAGCAAAUUGUACUCAAUUUCUAUUCCUCGCUUCCCGAGAUCUCGUGCAUCAAAGAGCUGGAAGCACGGUCAUCCCCAUUCCCUCCAUUCAUUUGUUCAGAGAAGCUUUCCCUCAUGUACGCGGCGGUCGGUUGUGCUUGCGUGAACAUCCAGUCAAUAUUCUCAUCCUUUGAUGUAGUACACGAGGCGAGGAAACGCCUUGUAGAUGCGUCGAGAAAUGUGUACGCGUCGUUGGAGCUUACUUACCCAGGUAGUCACCCUCUUGCCGGCACGCUCAGUCGUUUAACCUGCGAAGCGAUCGUACGGGAAUUGAAUUCAAUCAAGGCGGAGUCUAGAGGCGCUUCAAGUUGGACUGGCGAUGUACCAGAUAUAGCCCGCAGUGUCGAGGAAGAGAGCCAGCUUGUGUCGACAAUCAUAGAUGGCAUGGGAACAAUGUCGAUACUCGUAACCUGCUGUCCGCUAGUCGGUGUGUACUAA